GCAUCUAUUACAUAUAAUACGCGCAUUUGCCUUAUCGAUUGGCUACUCUGUCGCGUGGCAACUCUGAACUGUACUUUCUGAUACAGAUAAAAAAAACUAUUGACUAUUGAACUGACUAUCUAUAAUCGAGAAAUUGCGCGCUUAUUUUUUUGUGGCAUCGGUAAUCAGAUAUCAAUAAACAGCCAAGAACUCAAAAAUGGACGGAGUGGCCAGUUCGCCAAUGGUUGUUGAAGCCAAAUACGAGGAUGUCUCGCAGCUCAACUUUUCCAAGCUGUACUCGCCCAAAAUGAAAAGCGUCUAUUGGCGCUACUUUGGCUUUCCAUCGAACGAUAAUGACGAGGUAAUUACCAAGCAAAAUGUUGUGUGCAUCAAAUGCCAUAAAGUGCUGACCAAUCACGGUAAUACCACCAAUUUGCGUGCGCAUCUGCAACAUCGCCACAAGGACCUUUUCAAGGCCUUGUGCCAGGAAAACGAUAUACAAGUGCCGCCGCGCAAGACUCCGCGCAAUCUAAACCAUCCACCGUUGUCCAAGCGCAACGUCUCCUCACGUCGCGUCAAGCUAGAGUUCAUUAACAAUCGCACUCACCACGAGAACGAUGAAGACGAGGAAAUGGACGAGGCAGCUGUGGCCGCAGCAGCCAUGCAGGCCGAAGAUGAUGCCGCCUCCCAGACAAUGCUAUACGAAACCAUGGUACCGCUAACCUAUGACGACGCCGAUAACCUGGUCGAAGAGGAGGAUCGCUCUAUUAGUAUUGAGCCGCGCGAGCUGAAGUAUGCGCGUAAGCGCAAAAGUACAGCCCCGUCUGGAACUAUGCACUUUACGCGCGCUAACAUUAAGCACGAGGAGGGCACGGGUGGCAUGCAGGUGCGCAGCUAUAUAACCAAUUUACCCGAGGCCCUGGCCGACAUAGUUGUGCGUGAUCUGCGCAACGUGGAGACCCUAUACGAUCUGGGCAUUAGCGAGUUCAUACGUCUAGCCAUGGGCAACUUGCCAUCGCUGCCCAUGCCCCAGAAGAUUGACGCGCUGAUUACCGAACAGCAUGCAUCCAAGUUCUUGGAAAUGGGCGAUUUCACGCGCGACUUUACCGCCGAGAAGCCCUACUCGCUGGCCUUCGAGCAGUGGAUGAAUGUGGAGCAGCGUCGCUUCCUCAGCAUCUACCAUCACUACUUGAGUGACGAGACGCAGUGCGUCCGCAGCGUCAUGUAUGCCACCAUCGAGUAUACUGACUACAUCUCAUUCGACGAGCUGCUCGCCGAUUUCUAUUUGCCCAAUUGCACACUGGCCAUCGUGAACUAUGACGAUGAGGAUGAUCUGCUGCAGACCUAUUUGAAGGAAAAGAAUAUACCCGUUGUGCUCUGCUAUGUGUCGGUUAUUGACAAGUGCCUGCGGCACGUCUUUGAACUGGAGGAGGUUGCCACGUCCUUGGAGCAGGUGAAGGACAUUAUACAGCGCCACUCGGCAGAAAUUAGUUCCAAGGUGUCGGAGCUGCCGGCAUAUAAUGAACAUUUCCCUUGGACUCUGUACGAGCUGCUUAAGUUCUUUGCCGAAUCUAUAUCUUGGUCAGAGGACAUGGAUCAACUUGUCAUCACGGCCAAAACCGUGACCGAAGCGUUAAGCGCUCUAGUGAUUGCACUGGAUACUUUGCGUGGCGAGGACAUGCCUCUGUGCAGCAUGCUGUCUCCCAUUACAUCAAAGAUUUUAAUUAAGAAACUGGGCAUUGCUGAGCAGGACGAGCCCUUAAUGAUGAAUAUCAAGCGCACCAUUGCGGGUGUGCUGCAAUCACAGAUUAUAGCCAAUGAUACGCUGACCAGCGCUGCGCUGCUUGAUCCGCGAUUCCAUCGUUUAACCACAAUUGAAAACCUUGACAGCUGUGUGCGUAUGCUAACACAGAAAUACAACAAGACGUUCGGCGGCUCGGUUGGCACAGACAGUCAGAGCGGGGAUUCGGCUGAUGUGGCACCCACUGCACCCGUCAACGCUCCAACAGUAACCAUUAAAACGGAGCCAAAUGUCAAGUCUGGCAGUAGCUCGUCUGCCGCAGCUGCCACCUCGCACAGUGCGAAGAAAUCUAAACUGGAACUGCUGUUUGACGUUGCAGAGAUACCUAAUCCGCCAAAGCGAGAUGCCGACAGCACUGUGGAAACUGACCUCAAGCGUUAUCGUAAUGAGGUGAUUGUCCAGUUGGACGAGUCGCCCAUUGAGUGGUGGAACAAAAUGGGCCAUAUCUAUGGAACGCUACGCGACUUGGCUACACUAUAUCAGGGAGUACCUGGUGUGGUAAAUCUGAAUUUCAAGAAGGUGUUGCGUGAACAGAUUUAUGAUUACAAUAAGCGAUUUAUGCUAACUGGUAGCCAGAAUCAGAUCGAUGCGAUAUUGUUUUUGAACCGUAGCAGCAGCUUAAAGGACACUAUAUAUGUUUAAUAGCUUUUAAUGUUUUUAUCUGCAUGGAAUAUGCAUUAAUUCUAUAAUUCUUUAAUCUGUAAUUAAAAUACAU